AUGCCUCAAAGCCCUGCUAUCUCGGCCACAGAGCACCAUGGCUUCCAAGUCAUGCCACCAAACAGGAACAUAGAUCGCAUGCACCGUCAUAGAGAGGGCAAUGGUGAGCUCGGCAUCGCAUUACCGGAACUCUGGCUUGGUGUGGCGAUCGAAUCUGGAGAUGGCUUUUUCAAGCUCGGGUUUGCGUGUCAUGAUGGCACCUAUACCAUUGACUUUGCCGUUCACCAACUCGAUCUUCAGCAUCAGAUACCGAAACCGGGCCAGAGUGAUAGACGAGUGGUGAAGGAUCAAGAUGGGUCAAACGAAGGGGCGAGCCACGCGAUCUGUGACUAUCUGAUCAAGAGUGUUCACCAAUAUCAAGAAAAGAACCACUACAAGUUCUUAGCGGUUGGUAUUGCUCAAGAACUGGUCGCUUUGAGUCCACAGGCGCCAUCAAGAAUCUGGGCAAAGCUCGAUAUCGUCCCGAUCACUGUUCCUUGCCUCACCCGCAGGGCGACGCCUGAUGCCAACAAAGGUGUCGACGAGCUCGCCGACUCUAUGGUUCGGAAGGGUCUUGCGCAAGUCCUUCAACGUUUCAUAUACAUAGACGCCUUUCACACUGACCAAUACAAGGUUCUAUGGUCCUGCGAAGCAUCCACGAGUGCAGAUCUGGACAAUCAAAUCCAACUCAUCUCCUUGGCUCAACAACAAGCACUGGUCAGCGAGCAGACAUGGCGCACGGCCCAUUAUUACCGCGAGUCGAUCAAGCAACGAAACAUCAAGUUCUCAUUCUUCUCCGCCACACCCCAAGGUGGCGGCGUAGUCCUGAUGAGGCAUGCUCUGAUCCGCUUCUACAAGCUUCUUGGAGUCGAUACCACCUGGUGGGUACCGAGCCCUAAGCCAGAAAUCUUCAGGAUCACAAAGACGAACCACAAUAUUCUGCAAGGCGUCGCGAAACCCGAAGAACGUCUUCAAUCGGAGCAGAAGCGGCUGAUCGAGGACUGGGUCCAGACUAACGCCGGGCGCUUCUGGACUUCUGAAGGAGGACCCCUUGCUCCGCGCUCUGAGGGUGGGGUGGAUGUGGUCAUCGUUGACGAUCCUCAGAUGCCUACUCUUAUCCCCAUCGUCAAGAGACUUGACCCUGACCGUCCAGUCAUCUUCCGUUCUCAUAUCCAAAUCCGCUCCGAUCUAGCCCAAGAUUCUGCAGCGCCUACGGCAGAAGUCUGGAAUUGGCUAUGGCAGAGUCUCCAACAGGCAGAUGUCUUUAUUAGCCAUCCGGUCAAAGCUUUCGUACCACAUACUGUCAACCUGAACAAGCUUGCAUAUAUGCCAGCGACCACAGACUGGCUCGAUGGCCUAAACAAGCCUCUGAGCGAAUUUGACACAGCCUACUAUCUCCACGAGUUCAAUGCCGAAGCCACGCGCUGGAGUAUUGCCAAGAUCGCUUACCCGAAGCGCAAGUACGUCGUCCAAAUAGCACGCUUGGAUCCCAGCAAAGGCAUCCCGGAUGUCCGGCGAGCUAGGCAGAGUUCAGACGUCACUCAUCCUACUGCCAAGGCGACGCCUCAGCUCGUUAUUGCGGGACACUAUAGUGUCGAUGAUCCGGAUGGUGUCAAAGUCCUCGAGCAGACGCUUGACUUACUCGAUACCAAGUACAGUGAUAUCAAAGACGAUGUAAUUGCCAUGCGCCUCGGACCAACUGAUCAGAUAUUGAAUACACUCAUGUCCUCCGCACAUGUGGGACUUCAGCUCAGCACACGUGAGGGAUUCGAGAUCAAAGUCUCCGAAGGUUUACACAAAGGUGUCCCGAUGAUCGUCUCGAAUGCAGGCGGGAUCCCACUAUAA